CCAUAGCUGUGUGUGUGUGUGUAUGCGGCAUGAAAAUUUGUUUUCUGAAAAUUUGCAAAACAUAAAUAAGAAGAAACCAAGACUGCCGAUUUUCCGAGUAUACUUAAGAUGGCUCUGCAGACAUACGGUGAUAAGCCGGUGGCCUUCCAACUGGAGGAGGGCGGCGAGUACUACUAUGUGGGCUCCGAGGUGGGCAAUUACAUGCGCCACUUCCGUGGCAUCCUCUACAAGAAGUAUCCCGGCAUGACGCGCAUUGUCCUGUCCAAUGAGGAGCGCAAGCGACUGGCCGACUCUGGCCUUAGUUCACACAUUUUGGCUAGUUCCGUCUCGUUGCUGCGAGCGGUCGAAGUGGACGACAUUAUGGCUGGCAAUGACGAGAAAUAUCGUGCCGUUUCGGUAAACACCUCCGACACGCCUGUGCCGCGUGAGAGUAAAUCCAAGAAGCAGCCACAGUAUGUGCCGACGAUGCCCAAUUCCAGCCACUUGGAUGCCGUGCCGCAGGCCACGCCCAUCAACCGGAAUCGGGUGCACACUAAGAAGGUGCGCACAUUCCCCAUGUGCUUUGACGACACGGACCCGACGGCGAGUCUGGAGAAUGCUGCACAGAAGGAAUGCCUGGUGCCCAUACGCCUGGAUAUGGAGCUUGAGGGACAGAAGCUGCGUGACACCUUCACCUGGAACAAGAACGAGAGCAUGAUCACGCCCGAGCAGUUUGCCGAAGUACUCUGUGAUGAUCUGGACCUGAAUCCCCUGCCCUUUGUGCCAGCCAUCGCUCAGGCCAUCCGCCAGCAGAUUGAGGCGUUUCCAAACGAUCCGCCCAUUCUGGAGGAGAGCUGUGACCAGCGUGUCAUAGUCAAGCUCAACAUACACGUGGGCAACACGUCGCUCGUCGAUCAGGUCGAGUGGGACAUGUCCGAGAAGAACAACAAUCCGGAGGAGUUUGCCAUUAAGCUCUGUGCCGAGCUGGGAUUGGGUGGAGAGUUUGUGACGGCCAUAGCAUAUAGUAUACGUGGCCAGUUGUCGUGGCACUGUCGCACAUACGCCUUCAGCGAGGCACCCCUGUCCACCAUCGAUGUGCCAUUCCGGAAUCCCAGCGACGCGGAUGCGUGGGCCCCAUUCCUAGAGACGCUAACCGAUGCCGAGAUGGAGAAGAAGAUCCGAGAUCAAGACAGGAAUACGCGGCGUAUGCGACGACUGGCCAACACCACAACCGGUUGGUGAUUAUCCUCGUCAACCAUCCAAAUCGAAUUCCUAAACCUAAUAUCAUUAUAAUUAUCGCCCCGCCUCGCCCCGUAAGAAGUAAUCCAAUCCCACAAUCCCGAAACUCAAAUACACGUGUGUCUGUCGAUUUUAAAA